AUGUCUCUCACAAAUUGCCGCUUCUACGAGGAGAAGUUCCCGGAGAUUGACAGCUUUGUCAUGGUCAAUGUCAAGCAGAUCGCCGAAAUGGGAGCCUACGUCAAGCUUCUAGAGUACGACGACAUCGAUGGCAUGAUUCUGCUCUCCGAACUUUCGCGACGACGCAUCAGAAGUAUCCAGAAGUUGAUUCGCGUUGGCCGCAACGAAGUUGUCGUUGUUCUCAGAGUAGACAAGGAGAAGGGCUACAUUGAUCUCUCAAAACGUCGUGUCUCCCCUGAGGACGUCAUCAAAUGCGAGGAACGAUACAACAAGGGUAAAAUGGUGCACUCGAUCAUGCGCCAUGUCGCUGAGAAGACCCUGGUUCCUAUUGAGACGCUAUAUGAGAGCAUCGCCUGGCCCUUGAAUCGCAAGUUUGGCCACGCCAUCGACGCCUUCAAACUUUCCAUCACCAACCCCGAAGUGUGGGAUGACAUCACUUUCCCUGGCCAGCCUGUUGCCGACGAGCUCAAGUCGUACAUUGGCAAGCGCCUGACCCCCCAACCAACCAAGGUCCGUGCCGAUAUCGAAGUCACCUGCUUCGGUUACGAGGGUAUCGACGCCGUCAAGACUGCUCUGCGCACCGCCGAGGCUGGCAACACGGAGGAGACCCAGGUCAAGGUCAAGCUGGUUUCGCCGCCCCUCUAUGUCCUCACUAGCACCUGUCUGGACAAGACAGUCGGUAUCAAGCGCCUGGAAGACGCCAUUAUCGACGUUCGCAAAAACAUCGAGGCUGCCGGCGGCAACCUUACUGUUAAGAUGGAGCCUAAGGCUGUCACCGAGAGCGAUGAUGCCGAGCUGCAGGCCCUCAUGGAGAAGAGAGAGCGUGAGAACGCUGAAGUCAGCGGUGACGAGAGUAUGAGCGAGAGCGACGACAACAUUCCCGAGACGAUGUAA